AAAACUUUAGUUGUCGUGAUGCCCCAAUUAGGAGACUUCGACAGUGGCGAAUACACCGAAAAUCUCAUGGCGGUACGGAGCGAUCUUCAGAAAGCCGGGAUCGCGUUGCGCUUAAUUGGCAUUGGAAAUGCCGCUUCGGCUAGACGAUUUGCUUCGUUCAAUCAUGUUCCAAUGGAUUUGCUGUAUGCUGAUCUGGUAGGCUCUUUGCACCAAAGAUUGGGUCUACACGGUGGGCCUAAUUGGGAUGACCCCGACCAUCGGGGCGUAGCACGGUCGUGGCUCAACUACAUGGCUAUGUGUGCCGGAAUCGCCGCACCCAAUACUUUAUCCGAAAUAUUUCGUGGGUACAUUGGCGACAAGUCGGCUCCGGAACGAUUACGUCCAGAAGAAAUUGUUUCCAUUGGAGACAAUCUAGUUGCCGUUAGGGGUGUCACCGACGUCAAACUCGGUCCAAUUCAAUAUCAGAGUCUGUGGAAAAAUGAAUUUGGCUACCAACGACCAGCCGAGCUGGCAACCGUUCGUCUCCGAUACAUGGUCGAAGUCUUGUCGAAUUUUUCGCAGUACGUGCCGGACCAAAAAUACCUUCAUUUGCGCGGGGCCACAUUUUUGUUGGACGCGGACGGUCGCGUACUCUAUGAACAUCGUGAUACUGGCGUACUGGCCUACAGCAAAACCAUGGCCCGACCGCUUACCUUUCUACAGCCGUAUAUUGGUGAC